UUUUGAGCGUUUGGUUUUAUUUUGUAACGUAGUUUGUCACUGUGCAUUCGUCACAUGAUUUGUGUUGAUGCGAUUACCGUCUUGAUCUGACGGCGUUUGACAUUGGAUUCGGGCACUUGAUCGGCCAGUCGAAGUGAUCAGUGACCCUCCGACUGUCGUAAGAACAUCGCGAAGAAGAAUGCUGAAGCCACGGGCGUUGACUCAAGUCCUGUCGCAGGCCAACACAAGCGGCGUAUUGUGCACUCUGCUGCUGAACAGAGAGGGCACCUUGCUGGCUUAUUCUGGCUAUGCAGACAAGGACGCCAAGAUGACAGCGGCCAUUGCCAGCAGCAUUUGGCUCGCUAACGAGAAGAAUGCACACGCCGCCAUCAGUGAGGGUCAACUCCGGCUUGUCAUCGUUGAGUGUGAGGACGGCCAGGUGGCUAUCACCCAGGUUGCCAACUUGCUUCUGUGCCUGCAUGCCAAAACCAGCGUGGGACAGGGUCUGCUCCGGGCCAAGGCGCGUGCCCUGGUCGAGUAUCUCGAGGGUCCCCUGCUCCAGGUUGCUGUGUCGUAGCCAAGAAGAGGCAUCAGUAUUCGUUGCCUGUCAACAGCAAAAUGGGCCACUUGUUUAGAGAACUUUUCAUGUUGUGCGUCUGUGGACUCGGGGUUGGUUGUCACAGCGAAGAAGGGGAGUGAGUCUUUGUUUUACAGAGUGAAAAUGAAAAAAAAGAGACCUUUUUGUGGAAUUGAAGUGAUGUGUGUGAAAGAAGACAGGCCGUUAGGUGAGUUGGUAUGAUCAGCAUAAGGCAAUUUAUAACGCAGGGAAGAAACACCUUGUUUGCCAUCAGACUUUUUUUAGUUUCUUUCUUUGAGUGUAAUCACAAAGAUUUUGUGGUGUAACUUAGGUGUCAUUUACUAAUAUUUAUUAAAAAAAUAUAUAUAUAUUCGAGCGCUGCUAAAGUCAGACUAAGUGCAGAAAGUUUUAAAAGAACAGGGUCCCAUUGUGUGUACGUUGCUUUUGUGCGUCUUGCCUAUUCUUGUGGCUAUUAAUCGCACGACAGAUCGCGUUGUUGAUUCAGACCACUGACCAUCAUUGCUAUUAAUAACAGUUCUAGUGAAAACUCGAUCAACAAUUCUAUUCAUCCUGAUCAUCCAGUUUUGCCAUCUUCUAGCUAAGUGCUUCUAUUUGAUUGCAGUGCUGUAUUAUUUGCCUGAUGCUUUGCAUAAGUUUCCUGUUUUGCAUGGAAUUAUUUCCUUUAUAUUUUGACUGUGUUUUAGCAUGCUUGUGCCUGAAGUGAGCCACCAUUCUGUUCUUGACCAUAUUUGACUGAACCACGAACUCAUUUUUUCGAUAAUUGGAAUUAAAAUUCAAGGUUGCUAAAAUUCUGACUCGAACCUAUGAUUUACAUUAGAUGCUUUACAUGAUCUAAUGUAGGUUAAGCUCUACGUGAAUUAUUGCAAAUGAGAACGUAUUGGGAAAGAGAUAAGCAGGCAAUGGGAUCAGCCAAUUAGUGGUAAGCCAUAUUAGUGACAGGUUGCUUCUAGUGAAACCAUCAGCUAAAGCUUUAGCUAUAUAUGACACAGAAAUACAGAAGGCGGUAUGAGGCACCAUUUCCUAGCAGUGAUAUACCCUGGGAGCCUGUCAAGCCAUUGCUACAUAAGGAUAGCUGUAAAAAUUCAGUGCAAUUAUCGGUGGCAUGUUCCAGUAACAAUGUUUGAGGUUUUACGUCCCUAAAAUUAAAAUAUGAUUAUAGGGCCCACCAUUGUGGGGGGCUUCGGAAAUUCGACCACCUGGUGUUCUUCAACCUGCAUCGAUAUCGCACAGUACACGGGCCUCUAUCAUUUCGCCUCCACCGAAAUGCAACAGCCGUGGCUGUGAUCGAACCUGCGACCUCCAUUUCAGCGGCCUAACUCAAUGAUGGACACUUAGCAAGUUCCAGUAAUUAUUGAAACGUGUGUCUUACAGAAACAGACAGCUGCUUCUAACUAGAAUUUAGAUAACCUCACAAGCGAGAGGAUUGUACAUCAUAGGGGCUAAAUUGAGCCUUGUUUUUCUCAUGAGGUGCAGUUUCAUAUUUUCGUUCAGAUGUUUGGUGCUGGCUGAGAAUGAAGCCAGGCUAGCGAUUGGGAAGGCAGUAGACGAAUAUGGUCUCAUUACACUAUGGCGUUCUACUCUUGAAAGUGAAAAAGCAACCUCCAAAUCUUUUAUGGCUUCUCGAAUGAAAAAAAUUAGGACUUACAAAAUAUCUAUGCACUUUUGAAUCAACCGCUACUGACGAGGGGGUUCGUAUUACGUCAUAAAAAACGGAUACGAGAAAAAUCAAUUGUCACUUCCUAAAAAAAAAAAAGCCCUGCUACACUUUUUGAGCUUGGUCAGGAAACACUGUUGAUUCGGUAGUAGAGGCUGCUCAGAACACGCGAGCGAAAUGUAGCGCAGCACGCGGCUUGAAAUUCACAAUAAAUUAUCAGAGCAAGUUGAAAAUUGCUUUCUCCUCUCUUGACAAAUGAAGGAAGAUGCUUAAAAAUCAUUCUUAGAAGGCCUUCUAUCAGCCACCGACUCUUUUGAACAUAGCGUGCUCGGUCGUUACAGGCAUCGCCACGACUUGUCCACGCGUGCGCGCACAAUCACCCUGAAAAAGCCACGUAUUCGAAGAAAAGAAAAAAAAGUGCUCAAAGUCACGAGCCGCACAUGACAUAUUUUCUUUUCCCAUGCCAUCCUCCCAGGUUCCAGUGCUUUCAUCUGGACAAGAAAAGAGAGAGAGAAUUUAUUUAUAGAAAGGUAGAGAGGUCAGCCUGAUAUCGCUAAUCGCAAGAAAAGAGAAAAUGCGAUGGCAGUGUGCAACAAAUCUUUGUCACUCCGUUCGUACUGGACGGAUUCUUACUAUUUUUGUGGCUGUAAAUUCCUGAGUCAAUGAGCUUUUUAGGUGAAUCUGUUCAGUGGGUACGUGUAAAAGUGUUUCAGGGCCCCUUUAGGCAAAAACCAGUACACGCAAUUUUCAACAUAUUAGAAGAAAUAAAGGAAUAUUACAGUUGUGAUAUUUUCAUGUUAAGCAAGUUACUUGGUUUACCUGGAGCCUGACGUGCAUUCUAAACCACAAACGCAUCAAUGAAUUCUCAUCAAUUCUUUACCCGAUUUCUGCGACAUGCUGCUUUUCAAGCAACCUUGUCUUCACCCUGCUACCUUCGCAUGAUUUGUGCAUAAAUUGUACUCAAGUUCAAUGCAGAUAACUUCAGUGACAGACAGAAGUGGCCAUAGGGCAAGUGCUUUGGUUUGAAUCAGACGAUGCACAGAACAAAGUACCUAUGCUACACAAGAAGAUUGUGCGGUGCUGCGUCCACUUUUAGGCAAUUUUUAGGUUGUAGCUUCCCAUUUCAAUUGAACAGGGCUCCUUCAGUGUGGUCUCAGCCUAAACCAAAGAAAAUGGCUCUGAACUUCAACAGCUGGCUUGAGUCAUGUGAUAUUCUAGCUACACGGGAAGUUUGAAGGCCCAGUACCGUGCGGAUCAAGAGUGCAAUUUCGCUAUUGUUGUUGUCUGAACUCGAGACUGCAGUUGGAGCAACUGACGUUCCUCAAAGCCCGAUACUCAAAAGAAAGGAGCAGCCUUGCAAAGUAUUACUGCAACGAAGAAGCACUCUUGCCACCGAGCUUGUAGGCACAAGAGUGUGUUUGUUGUAAAGCUGUUACUUCACUCUUCGGGAAUAAAUUUUAUGUUGUCCCAAC